GACUCCUGUUCAUCACGCGACUCUAAGUCAAAUACAGAAAUUUCUCAGAAACUUAAGAUGGAAGCAGAUGAGCUAUUAAAUUUAUAGGGACCGUUCUCUUUCUUAACCAGUCUGUUCUCGUUCUCUAUCAUUCACUCGCUCCUUCCUUCACCACUUAGCACUCCCAUUCUCUCGUUUUUGGAGCUCUCCGGAUCUUGUCUCUCCCGCAGCUAUGGCAGAGAAGGUGACCAAAAUGUCGAUAAAGGUGGAUCUGCAGUGCUCGCGCUGCUACAGGAAGAUCAAGAAAAUUCUCUGUGAAUUUCCCCAAAUCCGAGACCAGACAUACGAUGAAAAGCAGAACGUGGUGUUGAUCACCGUCGUGUGCUGCAGCCCGGAGAAGAUCCGGCAAAAGAUCAUCUGCAAGGGUGGCGAGACGGUGCUGAGCGUUGAGAUCCUGCCCGACAAGCCCAAGGAGUCCAAGAAACUAGAGGAUACCAAGAAGCCCAAGGUCGUGGUGGGCUGCCCGCCAGUGCCAGUGUAUCCGAUGGUGGGGGUGUGUUGUUGUCCACCAUGUUUUGGAGGGUAUGGUGGGGGACCGUGUUAUUGUGGGCGGAGGAUUCCAGUGAUGUGCUAUGAUGGAUGUGGGAGACCUGCCGAAGAGUGUCAAGGUGGGAAUAGAGGUUUCCAUCCUGGGCAGGGGGGGCCAGUGAUGUGCGACGAUGGAUGUGGAAGACCAGCUUGUGAGUGUCAGGGUGGGAAUAGAGGUUACCGCGUGAGCCUAUGUGAUUACUUAAGUGAAGAAAAUGCCACUGCAUGCACUGUCAUGUGAUGGAGUUCAAAAUUUCUCAUGUCAAUUAUUAAUGUAAUAACUUGGUGAAAGACACGUAAGUCAAUUUUUGAGGGCUAUCUUGGGAUCUUUAUCAUUGUGGGUCUCGAAAGAUUGAUAAGGUUGGUGGUCUAGUAUGGCUGUAUAUGUGGUCAAAUAUGUUCAACACAUGACUUUUCGCUUGUUGAUUUCUUCAUUUCAAUAACAUUGAGUCCAUUUCAUGUCU